UUUGUUUAUAACGUGGAGAGAAGUGGAUGAGAUAGACGUCAUUGCUUCGCUCAAGGUGGAGUGAGUUCUGUGUCGCCUCCUGUCACAAAAAAGGAAAAUUUGCUCGGAAUUAUUAGUUUUAAACGUCACAAACGGAAACAAACCGGUGCACUCAGCCAUAAACGCAGCGGCAGGCAGCGCUUCAGAAAGAGCAGGAUCUGCUCGUGAUUUAACAGGAGUAUAAGGGCUUCCUCAGACGCGGCUGACACUGGGCCGGAGGGUGAUGUGACAGAGAGGACGUCCCACACGCUCGAACCCGAGGAUGACGGACAUGGCGGGGAUGGCGGAGCCGGGGGGGGCCUCGCGGUUGGGGAGCGCCCGCAUGCUGCUGUCCCUCCUCUCACUGCUGUGCCUGGCCGAAGCAUCGGGCCCCUGGGGCCACACCGCCCCUCGACUGCAGCUCUCACACGCAGAUCUGCAGGGGAGGAACAGCUCUGCAGUGUUCUGGGGCACUGGUUUUGGAGGGGGGUACCAGUCCCUGCUGCUGGAUGAGGACCGAGGCUGGCUGCUGGUGGGGGGGAAAGAUCACAUCUACAUGCUGCAGUCUGACAGCCUGGCAUUGCCAACACGCAAGAUCUACUGGCCGGCUGAGAGGGAGCACAUCGAGCACUGCAAAUCGGCGGGAAAGAACGCUGAGACGGAAUGUGCUAACUUUGUGAGGGUCCUGCAGCCAUUUAAUAAAACCCACGUCUACGUCUGCGGGACGGGGGCCUACCACCCACUCUGCACCUACAUUGACCUGAGCCAGAGCACAGAGAAGCCUUCAUUCCAGCUGGAGUCCGGAAGGGGGAAGUGUCCCUACAGCCCGCUGGAGCCUUUCACCGCACUCCUGACUGACGGAGAGCUCUAUGCCGGGACGUCCGUGGACUUCAUGGGCGCCAACGCCGCCAUUUUCCGCACGUCCGUCUACGGCAGCAGCCAGCACUACAUCCGCACCGAGGCCUACCAGGACCACUGGCUCAACGAGCCGGAGUUUGUGAGCUCCUUCUCCAUCCCGGACACCCACAGCCCCGACGACGACAAGGUGUACUUCUUCUUCAAGGAGACGGCGGUGGAGUCCAGCCAGUGGGACAGGCGCAUCUACAGCCGGGUGGCACGCGUGUGCAAGAAUGACAUUGGGGGUAAGAGGAGUCUGAUUAACCGCUGGACCACCUUCCUGAAGGCCAGGCUUGUGUGCUCGGUCCCCGGCCCGGAUGGGAUGGACACACACUUCGACGAGCUGGAGGAUAUCUUUGUUCUGGAAACCAAGGAUUCCCAGAAUCCAAUCAUCUAUGGACUCUUCUCUACUUCCAGCUAUGUGUUCCGGGGCUCUGCAGUCUGUGUGUACUCCAUGGCCUCCAUCCGGUCCGCCUUCAACGGGCCCUUCGCCCACAAGGAGGGCCCCGAUUACCGCUGGGUGGAGUACAAGGGGAGGGUGCCUUACCCCCGCCCCGGAACGUGCCCCAGCGAGACCUACGACCCGCUCCACAAGUCCACGCGGGACUUUCCCGACGACGUGGUCAGCUUCAUGAGAGGCCACCAGCUGAUGUGGGAGCCGGUGGUGCCCAUCAACCGCAGGCCUGUCUUCAUGAGGACCGGCGCCCCCUACAGCCUGAAGAGGGUGGUGGUGGACCGGGUGGAGGCGGAGGACGGGCAGUACGACGUGCUGUACCUGGGGACAGACACCGGGAAAGUGCUGAAGGCCAUCUCCAUCCCCAAGGACAACUGGGAGAUGGAGGAGAUCGUCCUGGAGGAGCUGAGCGUGUUUCAGAAGUCGGCCCCAGUCCUGAACAUGGAGCUGUCGACCAAACGGCAACUGCUGUACGUGAGCGGCGAUGCGGGCGUGGUCCAGCUGGGCCUGCAGCGCUGUGGGCUGUACGGACAGGCCUGCGCAGACUGCUGCCUGGCCAGAGACCCCUACUGCGCCUGGGACGGGGCCGCCUGCAGCAGCUACUUCCCUAGCAACAAGAGGCGAGCUCGGCGUCAGGACGUGAGGCACGGAGACCCCCGCAGCCAGUGCUACGACCUGGAGGAAGGUUCGGAAGGCGUCGAGGAGAAGGUGAUCUACGGGGUGGAGAACAACACCACCUUCCUGGAGUGCGUGCCCAGGUCCCAGCAGACUGAGGUCAGGUGGACAGUGCAGCUUCAGCAGGAGCACACCAGCAGAGAGCUGCUGUGGAGUGAGGGGCGGGUGGUCCCUCUGAGGCGGGGCGUCCUGCUGCAGCGUUUGGAGCCGGGCGAUUCGGGCGCGUACAUGUGCACCGCCCGCGAGCACGCCUUCUCCCGCCCGCUGGCCCGCUACGCGCUGCGCGUCAUCCCCCGGGACCGCGUGGCCGCGGGGGGCGGGGCCCCGCCCCUGUACAGCCACGCCCAGACCCCCCGCAGCUACAAGGAGCUGCAGCUGCUGGGCAUGGCCGGCCCGAGCGCGGACGAGUACUGCGAGCAGCUGUGGUGGCGGGAGAAGCGGAGGCAGCAGAAGCUGCGCAGCCUCAAGUGGAAGCAGCAGGCCGCCAAGGCCCGCGUCCGACGCCACGGCCCCCCCGACCCCCCCGCGGGGGCCGGCCGGGCGGCGUAGGGCCCGGGGGGGCGUAGGGGAAACACGGCAGGCGCAGCAUCAGAUCCAGGCUCCAUCGCGUGUCUUUUCCUUAAACGCCGUAGACCUGGGCCAAUGCCUGCACCCGUUCCUCAUUAGCCCCCCCCCACCCCCCCCACCCCAAGUCCGCAGGGAGAGAGACUCGCUGGCGUGAACUGGCCCGCUCGGGAACGCAGACCUGGAAUAAGGCGGACAGCACAUGCCUCGUUCCCAGAAUUCCCCUCCCCUCGCCGUGGUGUCACUUCCUGUCUAGCUCCAGCCCUGCGGUCCAGACGUGUCACCCCUCUCUGAUGUGGUCUCUGUUGUCAGGGUCCGUGCGCGCGGACGGCGCUGGUCUGCUUCCUCUUUCAGGGCGAAGCACGUGUUCUUCUCCGAACUCGAAAGCGGCGCUUCCCGCUGCGACCGCUUCUUCCUCCUGUCGUUUGGAGCGGCGAGAGGGUUCAUCAUCGCGCUGCAUCUGGAAGGAAUGAGAACAAAGUCCCCCGCAGACUCAGAGUGAUAAAACCAGCCGCUCGUGUGUUUCAGUAACUCCUGAGCGUCUUAAAGCAGAAAAUACCUUUAAGCGUCCCUGUGAUCAAAGUCAGGACUCUCCAGGUGGACUGUAAGUGGAAACCAGCCUUCCCACAUUGUAAACCAGUGAGGUCCAUGCAUGUUUUUCCAUUUAGGUUUGGCAGAUUGUAAAUCAUGUCAGUUUAAAUGUGGGGCUUGUGCCUUUUUUUACAUUUUCAUAUUAAUUUCUGAUCUGCUUGUAUGCCAAACCAACAAUUUUAGAACAGAAAAUACAUUAAGCUAAACUUGAUUUCAAUUUCAAGCUAUUUUUCAGAAGCUGUUAAUGCAUAUAAUUUUGUUAUACCAGGAAGGAUCCUAAAGAACAUUACGAAAGUUAGGUUAUGGCCAAACAGUAUAUACUCUUUACUGAUAAUUCAGAAAGACAAACUGUAACCAUAAACUUUUAACAAGAAACUAUUCAAUUUCAACGUUACUCAUGUGUUCAGUGAUAAAUAACACUGAAAGUGAACAUGCAGUAAUAUGUAAUGUUAUUAUAGUUUUCUGCAGCCUGUGAAUUCAUACAUAUCUUAUGAAGUUUUGGCAAUGACCCAUUCUUUCACAGUACACAAACGUAAGAAUCAGACUGUGAGAUCAAGAAUAUUUUCACUGCAUAAUAUUAUAUUUUAUUUAUAAUAAAUAAUCUUGCUCCUGUCUUCAGGCAGGUCAUAGUACAAAUCAUAUUACGCCAUAGUACAUAGUACAGCACAGUCUGAAUUUAGAAAAAACUGCUGAUAUAUUAAGCCAUUAAGAAUAUCAGCAUUUCAGUGGCAUUCAAAUGUGAUUUUAAAGGAUGAGUUACACUAAAUAUUGAACAUUUACUGAGCUGUCAUAAAGCACUUGAUACGUGCAGUAAAUGUACUUGCUUCGAUGUUUAUUUUAUUGUAAAUGUAUUAUUUUUGCAGUUUAGGAAAACAGAACCAGACUGUGGUUGAAAUUGUGCUUUUUAAUAAUUAUUCUGACACAACACACAUAAUUGUAUGUUUUAUGACAAAGCUAGAAAUGUGUGCUUGCAUUUUGUGCUGUUCAUAUAUUUAGAGCAAUUAAAAUAAGGAUGUUUCUGUGAAAUGAGUUUUCAUUUUCUUCCAGAAAGACAGAAAGUAGGACUGUGAGUUGUCUCCAUCUGGUGUUGUUUUUUGUCCUGUGCAUGUCUCACAAAUUCAAUAUUUCUAAUUUCAUUAUUUUUCAGUACUGUUAUUAUUGAACUAAUAUUUCCUUCUGUAUGAUAUUUUGUGCACACUCUUAAAUUUUCUAUUUAAUUAUUUACUACAAAAAAUCAAAUACAACAAAUGUGUAACUUUCUAGUAUUUCAGUUUUUUUUUUUUAUUGUAUAGAUCAUAUCAGUGUCUGCAAUCAAUCAAAGCUCCCAACAUCAAUUCUAUAUAUAUAUUUUAACAUAUUAUUAUUAAUAAUAAUUAGGAUUUAAAAUCUUGGAAAGAUUAUUUUAAUUACAGCAUUGAUUAUUAUACAGACUUUUUCCACUUAAAAUGAUGCCUUCUUACUGAUAUAUCUGAAGUCAAAUGUCAGCGGUUAUCAUAUUAAAUACAUUCAGUUUUUUUAUGUUUCUGUAUCCCUAUUUAUAUUAACUAAUUAAUUUCAUGCCAUUUAUUGUGUGACCCUACAUUGGUAAACUAUGAAAACUGGAAUUAAUAUUCCCUGUCAUUUAUUUUAUUGACCAGUACAAACAUAAAAUUCUGUAAUCCAGUACCACAACCACUGAAAAUGAUGAGAAAACAUUGUAAUGUACAGUUCUAAGGUAUUGAUCUGACAAUGUACUCAUGACACAGCUAAUAUGUUGCCUUAUUAAUAAAAAUGUUUUAUGGAAA